AUGAUCUCUUUUCAACUAAAACGCACACUGCGUGCCUUAACAACUAAUUAUGUGUGCCAGUUUGCUAAUCAGAUACCAACGGCGCCCAUAAUCGCCAACGAUACAGAGCAACCCAUCGAGCUACCAUCUUAUACAGAGGAGCAGCGUAGGCUUAUACUGGAUGUUAUCAACGGAAACGGCAUUGAUCAACUUCUAAGAUACGACAUAACAAAGGCACGCGCGAACAAACUGCACAACUGGAAAGCACGCAAUGGUCCACUGCGUGAACUUGGCGAUAUACUUUAUGUCGAGGGUUUCGGAUUAAAGGUGGCAGCCAAGUUCUACAAGAGUCUUCUGGAGCCAGCGCCCAGUACCCAGAGCAGCGUCAAAACUCAAAAAGCUCCUCGCACGGCGCCAUUUAUAACGCCCGCUUUGGAUGAGCAGCAGCGUCAGGGUAUUAUGUCCAGUGUGGGUGUGCGCAUUGGUGUGACGAGUGUUAGUUGGGCGCGCCUGGAAAUACCGGACACUAAAAAUUCACCAUGUGUGCUUAGCCAUUGGCAGCAUCACGAGAUAAACGACAAGAAACUGCAUUUAGCCGAGCUCGUGCGGCGCUGUCUCUAUGUGGCGCAUCAAAUUCCCCAGGCAGACUGCUAUAUAAUGGAAAACCCGCAAAUGGCGCAGCCCAGUAGUAAUCCCGGCAGCAUUGAUCAGCAGAAUGUGAACAUCCAGAAGGCCCAAGUCACCUCAAUGCUGAGUUAUGCCCUGAUGGCGCGCAUUGCUCCCGGCGAAAUCAAGACAAAUCUCUUUUACCUGCGUCGUUUCCUCACAGCUCGGUUGUUUAAUCAUCUGGUGGGCACAGAACGCGUUUCCUCUGAGGACACGAUUCUGGGCAUGAUGCGCACGUAUUACAAUAUGGAAGAGCAACUGGAUCAUGACGAGCAGAUUAAUUUGCGUAAUCAAGUGCAAUUCCCUUCAAAUCUGCGCACUAUGUACUCCAAGGCCGAGCGUUAUCAACGUGAGCUUCUUAGUCAGGCCUUCCUUCUAAAUUUGGCCUUUUUGCGUCUGGUUGUCUUACAGGAUCCGGCGAGCAUAGCGUGCGUGUCACGCAGCUCUAAGAAACUACCCUCCGAUCAGGAGUUGGAAUAACCGAAGCACACAUAUUCAGAAUACACUUGUUCUAUAAAAACUUUGAUAAUUAAUGUUUAUUAAAUUAAAUGUUUAUUUAAUUUAAAAAUUGUUAAAAUGUCUUUGUCUGCACCAAACGAGAUUUUUUAAUACAGAGUAUGCAAACUUCGGCGAAUCAA